AUGCAGGUCGAGUGGCCGGACCAGCCGGUCCUUUCCCUAUCCGGGACCGCUUCAAUAUUUUAUCCUUCUGCAUUGCCCCGGCCUCCCUCCCCACCCCCGCGCGAUGGAGAUGAUUACUUGAACCUGGGUAUACGGGAGGGAGGAGUCUUCCUCUGCAUGAGCCUCGGGAGCGGGAAGCUGGAGCUGCAGAUCAAGCCGAAGAGGGUGCGCUUCGAUGACAACCAGUGGCACAAGCUCACCGUGCACAGGAGGGUGCAAGAGUUGUCACUAGUUGUGGACGGUGUGUAUGCCGAACAUUCCAACACGGCUGGAACCUUUACAAUGCUAUCGUCAUCAAGAGCUUAUGUAGGAGGUGCCGAAAACGUACUCAAGCUGUCCGGAUCAAAAGUACACAAUAACUUCGUCGGGUGCUUAAGGAAGGGCUUAAUUCCUCCGUGCUUCGCCGUUUCCUCAAAGCUGCCCUCGUCUCGUCUGAGAUUUGCGAGGAGCACCCAGUCAUGUUGA